AUGGCUCAGUUUGAAAAAGACUUUCGACGUUUGACUCGUCAAAUCAAUUCUCUAUCGAAUGGUCAAGCGCGUGUCAGCUCAGAGAACAUAUUUGAUCGUCCAAGUUCCGCCACGAAAACUUCCAUGUCAUCCGAAUCGUCAUCAGAUACUGAAGAUUCAACUACGAAUUUAGGAUUCUACGUGGAAAUAAGUCCACAUGAUGGUCCCUAUGCGCAUGCCUCCUUCGUAUUUCAUAUUGAAUUCUCCUCAGAAAGUGACUAUCCUGAUUGUCAACCAACUGUAUCGUGUUUAACGCGUAUUUACCAUCCAAAUAUUGAUACGACAUAUGGAAAUUAUCAUAAUAAUGUUUGUGUAUCGACAUUAAACGAUUGGGACGGGGGAGCUAACUCAACAUUUGAAGAUCUUCUCCAAGGUUUGAUGUUUCUUUUUCAUUCGCCGAAUCUCGAGGAUCCACUAACAUCAAAUGUGACAACAGACGAAGAUGAAUUUCAGAAAAACAUUCGCAUAUCUAUUGAAGGUGGAUUUAUCGAAGAUUUCGAUCAAGACAAUGUAUUUGAAAUGAAUUAUGGUUACAAGCGUUACUUAAUUGAACUACAACAGCAGGAGAAGGAGGAGGAGGAACAGCAGGAACCACAGCCACAAACUGAAGAAAAAGAACAGCUCGAUGAUUAUCUUGUUGAACUUCUAACCCGACAACCGAAUUUCAAGCAAAUCUUCAAUUCUGAUACUUUAGAACUUCUAAUGAGCGCUCCUUGCGCUACUCCUUCAACAAGGCACAAUAAAGAAACAACAAUGAGCUCUUAA